AUGUCGCUGGGGGACCGCGCUGUGACGCGGGACGAAGAGGAAUGGGCCGCUCGAGGCAACGACGUGGCUGUUGUAGCUCCAGAAGAAGAAGCAGAAGCCGGUGUUGUGGAUCCCCCAGCGUCCCUUAUUGGACGAGUCGAUGCUUCGGUGGAUGGAGCAGACGAUCAUGCUAAGGCUGCUGACUUGGCGGUUCUGGGGGAUACGUGUCCCAUCUGUCUAGAGACGCUGGACGACCCCGUUAUGGUCAAGGUCUGCUACCACGUCUAUUGCUUGGAGUGUCUGAGCACGUGGGUGCACAGUCUGGCGCUUCAUGGAGUGGAGGUAGCUACUUGUCCGCUCUGCAAAGCUUCGUUCCAAGAGGUGUACGCCAACGUGCGGAGCGAGUCGGACUUUGAGGUUGUCUGCUUCAAAGGGAAGCCGAUGCAGAACUGGAGGUUGAGAAGUAGUAAGAGAAGGGACGAGAGAGGGGAGUCUUGUCAACGCUUGCGACGUCGAUCGCUGGUGUAUCGACGUCGCAUGCAGCUGGUUCGAGUGGCUGGAGAGGAGGUCGCGGAUGUAAAUUCGUUCCCGAUGAUACGCAAAGUGAAGAGCGAGUACGAGUCGUGGCUAGCUAGGGAGCUGAACGCGUGUAUUGGACGAGAUGUGGAUUUGACAGUGUUGCUGGCUAUUAUCCAAUGCUGUCUGGAUAAGGUGGCGCAGUAUGGAGCCAAGGUGUGUUACAAUGAACUGCAACAAGCGCUGCUGCCAUUUUUGUAUGAGAACGCCACGCAUUUUGUCCAAGAGCUCGCGCACUUUUUGGCCUCCAGGUUGAAUGCUGAGGCCUAUGAUGCAGCAGUAGAAUAUCGAUGCGAAAACGCUGCCGAGUGUACAAACACGCUGUGCUGUAGCAGGUAA